AUGUCGCGUCAAGAGCAGAGGCGUACCGAUGAGCGCGAGUCAGAAUAUUCUAUUAAUUCGCUCUCCGACUCCAUUAAAGGCAUGGCCAUCGACACUCUCCGUCUUAUCAGUCAGCCCUUUACCGAGGAGGAGCUCAAUGACGCGACCCCAGAACAAGUUCUUCAACGAAUGCUUUCCACCGCUUCAUACAUCUCGACAACCUCAAGUCUCGCUAAAAAAUACCAACGGGCUAACGAGCCUUCCGCCAUACGUUUAUUUGAAGAGCUUGGCAAGGGACAGUGUGGGACGGUAUACGGCUUUGUGGGUUCGUCGACUGCUGUGAAGCUUGCCAACUACGAAGAGAAAUACAAGGAACUUGGUGAAGACUAUUCCGCGUAUAUAAAAAUCCAUGAAGCCAUUCAGGAAUGCGACCCAGACCAUGAGAUCAGUGCCAGACUCCCAAAGGCUUAUGAUUUCAUUGGCCCGAAAUCUGAGUUUUGGAACGAAUACAACCUGCUCUUUGAUCCUCAAGUCAAGGUUAGAGGCUAUGGCUUGACAUUAGAGCGGAUCUUUCCUGCUCCCUUCCCAGUGAGAGAGGCACUUGUCGAUGCCCUCCUUCCACCUAUUAUCAAGCGAAACAAGGCCAAAUUUCUAGCCAAACCCGAGAACAAGAACUGUUUGAUUCGCCUGUACCUCGGCCGACGUCACACAACUAAAGUACAGGGCAAAGUUCAGAAUCUCAAACUUCAGAACUUUCCCCUCCACGUCAACGAGAUGGAGGAUCUGGGUUUGGAUACUGAACGUUUUGCCCGUCUCAUGGCCAACACUCUAGCCAUUAUUCACUGGGGUGCAGGGAUUGACGGCGAUGAUAUUGAGUUUGUGCUUGGUAGCUCUCCAGUCCAGAACAAAACGCCAACAUCGAAGGAACUCGAGACGCUUAAAUUGUGGGAGAUGGCUGAAGCUUGCGAUCGGAAGUUUACUCAAAGAACGAUGGAGAUGUGGGUUUUUGACUUGAACGAGUGUUCCCCAGUUACCAACGAUGAAGCCGGCAUAGAACAAUUAGUCAGGGCUUUCAACAACAACGAUCCCUACUACCCUCAGCCUGGCCAGUCCAACGAAAACGACCGAAAGCUCUGGAGCGUCUUCCGUAAGACGUACCUGGACAUGAGCCACCGAUUUACCGAGAGCAUGAACCCAGGCAGGUUCAUCAAAACUCUCGAGGAGGAGCCGAGCAAGGAGAACAGCAAGAACAAGAGAAUCGACAGCCUGGCAUUUUUCGAAUGA